ACUUGUCAAGUUGCUUCUUCUUGCCUAGAAUCCAUCGAACUACAAAUGCCUCUGAUGGAGAUGAAAACAACCUACUAUCACAGUUCCCUUGACGACCACUCUCUGGUCAGCCCUGAUGCUGAGGGCCCCUUCAUCGUCCCCUGUCAGCAGGAAGUAGUUACUGAAUAGAACUCAUCAUCCCAAUCCCUAACAGCAGUUAGGGCGACCAUUGAGAGGGGGAAUGAAGGACAGACCACAGGAAGUCAAGGAGACACUUCUCCUCCCUAGGAAAUGCCUGUUUACAUCUGAAAGGCAUCUCCGCCCUCAGGCAAUGCAAAAUUAGGCCAUAAAACCCACUCCCCACCCUGGUCCACGGGAUCACCAGUUUCCUGGUCCCCCUGUAUUCCCCAAUAUGCAGUAUUUCUAUUCUCUUCUCUACAAAUAAAAUCUUUCCGACCUCUGAUGUUAGAAUCUCUCUGUGCUUUCAUCCUCAGAGUAGGCUGAAGAACCCUGAGCACGUGAAAUUCCUGUGCGUGUCAUCCGUGUAUCAGAGAGAGCAUGCUUCUUUUCUCCAAAGACUUUUAAAACCUAUACUAAUCUAUGGGAAGGGAGGAACCAUGUAGUUCCCAUCCAAUAAUCAAUCAGUGUUGAGGGUGUGAGUGGUUUCCAGGCCAAGUAGUGUGGUCCCUGAGCCAGGACAUGGUCCCUAUGAAAUGCAGUAUUUUUCUCUGAGUCCCAAACUUCCCUUAUUUUAGCCUGCUUCAAAAACUGUGCAGUUGGCAUAACAGACAUAUAGACCAAUCAAAUAAAAUAAAGGCCAAGAAAUAAACCCACUUGUUUAUCUCCCACAAGGUGCUGAGAAUACACAACGAGAAGAGGGUAGUAUCUUCAAUACUUGAGAGAAGUGUAUAUCCACAUGCAGAAGAAUGAAAUCAGUUUCUGCUCAUAUGCUAGAAACACAUCCCUGCUAAAAAUGGAUUUAAGAAUGAAAUACUGAUAUAAGAAGGUUUGUUAGUUGUAGUGGUGCCACCUAUAAUCCCAACUCCUGUUGAGUGGAGGAAGCCAAAGCCAGGGUAUUGAAAAUUAGCUUAGAGAUGUCCACACCCAGAUGGCUUGGGACGAUGUGGACAAGGUGAGCUUUGCAGUACCAUGGUGCGCCCAAAGACACCCUGUGCCCGCGAGAUUAUGACCAAUGAAACGCGAGUUGGAGAGGCAGGAAUAACGGUAGCCUUAAAGGGCUAAUUGGUGGUGCGCGUUAACGUGCUGACGGAAAGCUAUCGGAGUGGGUGUCUGUCGCCAUACUGUGUACACUUCAGAGCCUAGUGAGGAGUUCGGUAUUUGGAUUUAUUACACCUGCAUUGGGAGACCCCGAGUUCUCUUCAAGGAUGAGUCAUGUGGCGGUGAAAAAUACUCUCGGGCUGGACCAGCAGUUUGCUGGUCUAGACCUGAACUCCUCUGCUAAUCAGAGUGGGGGAGGAAGUACAGCAAGCAAAGGGCGGUAUAUACCUCCUCACUUAAGGAACAGAGAAGCAUCUAAAGGAUUCUAUGAUAAGGACAGUUCAGGGUGGAGUUGUAGUAAAGAUAAGGAUGCAUACAGCAGUUUUGGGUCUCGUGAUUCAAGAGGAAAGCCCAGCUAUUUUAGUGAUCGUGGAAGUGGAUCAAGAGGAAGAUUUGAUGACCGUGGUCGGAGUGACUGUGAUGGCAUUGGCAGUCGUGGUGACAGAACUGGCUUUGGCAAAUUUGAACAAAGUGGACACAGUCGUUGGUGUGACAAAUCAGAUGAAGAUGAUUGGUCAAAACCACUUCCACCAAGUGAACGCUUAGAGCAGGAACUCUUUUCUGGAGGAAACACUGGAAUUAACUUUGAGAAAUAUGAUAAUAUACCAGUAGAGGCAACUGGCAAUAACUGUCCUCCACAUAUUGAAAAUUUCAAUGAUGUUGAGAUGGGAGAGAUUAUUAUGGGAAACAUCAAACUUACUGGUUACACUCGUCCUACUCCAGUGCAGAAACAUGCUAUUCCUAUUAUCAGAGAAAAACGAGAUUUAAUGGCCUGUGCCCAAACAGGCUCUGGAAAAACUGCAGCAUUUCUUUUACCUAUCCUGAGUCAGAUAUAUGCAGAUGGUCCAGGAAAGGCUUUGAAGGCCAUGAAGGAAAAUAGAAGAAACGGGCGCCGCAAACAAUACCCGAUCUCCUUGGUGUUGGCCCCAACAAGAGAAUUGGCUGUACAAAUCUAUGAGGAAGCCAGAAAAUUUUCGUACCGGUCUAGAGUUCGUCCUUGUGUAGUAUAUGGUGGUGCUGAGAUUGGCCAGCAGAUUCGGGACUUAGAACGUGGAUGCCACUUGCUUGUGGCCACUCCAGGACGUCUAGUGGAUAUGAUGGAAAGAGGAAAAAUUGGAUUGGACUUUUGCAAAUACUUAGUGUUAGAUGAAGCUGACAGGAUGCUGGAUAUGGGAUUCGAACCUCAGAUACGGCGUAUAGUUGAACAAUAUACUAUGCCACCAAAGGGUGUUCGUCACACCAUGAUGUUUAGUGCUACUUUUCCUAAGGAGAUACAGAUGCUUGCUCGUGACUUCUUGGAUGAAUAUAUCUUUCUGGCUGUAGGCAGAGUAGGCUCUACUUCAGAGAAUAUCACACAGAAAGUAGUUUGGGUGGAAGAGCUAGACAAACGGUCAUUUCUUCUUGAUCUCUUAAGUGCAACAGGGAAGGAUUCACUGAUUUUAGUGUUUGUGGAGACUAAAAAAGGUGCAGAUUCUCUGGAGGAUUUCUUAUACCACGAAGGAUAUGCUUGUACCAGUAUUCACGGAGACCGAUCACAGAGAGAUCGAGAGGAGGCCCUUCACCAGUUCCGCUCAGGAAAAAGUCCAAUUCUUGUGGCUACAGCUGUGGCAGCAAGAGGUCUAGAUAUUUCAAAUGUGAAACAUGUUAUCAAUUUUGAUUUGCCAAGUGACAUUGAGGAAUAUGUGCAUCGCAUUGGACGUACAGGACGUGUAGGAAACCUUGGCUUUGCCACCUCAUUCUUUAAUGAAAGAAAUAUAAAUAUCACAAAGGAUUUGUUGGAUCUGCUUAUUGAAGCCAAACAAGAAGUGCCAUCUUGGUUGGAAAGUAUGGCUUAUGAACACCACUACAAGGGUAGCAGUCGUGGACGUUCUAAGAGUAGAUUCAGUGGAGGAUUUGGUGCCAGAGACUAUCGACAAAGUAGCGGUUCCAGCAAUUCUGGGUUUAGUAGUAGUCGUGCAAGCAGCAGCCGCAGCGGUGAAGGUGGUCAUGGCAGUACAAGAGGAUUUGGUGGAGGUGGCUAUGGAGGCGUCUACAACCGUGAUGGAUAUGGAGGAAAUUACAACUCCCAGGGAGUUGACUGGUGGGGCAACUGAAUCUGCACCAGCAUCACCCUUUUAUACAAGCUAAUAUGGAAACCACAUGUAACUUAGCCAGACUAUAUAUCGUGUAGCUUCAAGAACUUGCAGUACAUUACCAGCUGUGAUUCUCCUGAAAAUUCGAAGGGAGCCCAAAGUCACAAGAAGAAAGGAAAGGAACAACCAGCAGCCCUAUACAGAAGUUGGUUUUGAAGACUUAGUUAUUGUAGUUUGGAUUAAUUUCACUCCUGCUUAGUCCCACCCCAAACUGCAUUAUAAUUUUGUGACUGAGGAUCAUUUGUUUGUUAAUGUACUGUGACUUUAACUUUAGACAAGUUAUUAUUUUGAUGUCCCGUUGGCUCAGUAGUACUCAAAAUUGUUUUGACAAAAUAAAUUUACUGAACUUGGGCUACAAUCAGACCUUGGCACAGGGGUGUGAUACAAUUUAACAGGAAUCUCAGUUCAGCAGUAAAUAUAAGGAAAAACUUAAGCAGUAGUCUACAUUAGGGCUUUUUUAGUAUGUGCAGACUUGGGGAAUAAAACAUCUUAAAACAUAGUUUCUAAUAUGGCCAACUGUACUAUGUUCUGACUUGUUCACUCUAUCCUGGAUAGGCACUUAGAACACUUUUAAGAAGCCAUUCCAGUCAUGUUGGAUAUGUGUGCCCAUAACAUUUGAGAACACUCUUUAACGUUCAUGGAAGUAAAAGUUACAUAGUUUAUUAAUUUUAAGCCAGAUUUCUAUGGGCAUACUAGUAGUAGAAGAAUACUUGAGAAGUCUGAUAAUUUAAGUGCUUGGAGGGUUCAUUUAAUGAGACACUUAAAUGCCUGCCAUAAAUAAAAUUGAAAUGUUAGAAUGGCUGACCAUGGCAAUGACCAGACCUCAUUACAGGCUUUCAUAAAUUCUGGUCCUUAACUCAUGCUAGUGUUGAUGUUUUUUGGUCAAGAGGUUAUAAACAGAAAGGAUUAUACAGCAGGCUUUAUUUUAAUACAGAUUUACAUUGCUCUGUUGCAGCUGCAUCAAAGCAUUCAAAUGGCUUACACUUUUAGACUUUGUAAAUCUUAAGAACAAUAAAUUGAAAUCUUUGAGAGCUCACAGGUUGGAAAAUGUACUAAACUGCACAGUGUCAGCUUUUUUUUAAUAGUGCAGUAUUAGUGUAUUUUAAUUGCAUAGGUUUCCAUUGUAUUUAUAGUCUUCUCUAAGCUAAAUUUGGCCAAAGAUGAUCAUCCACAACUAAAAAUGCCUCUUCAUUUGGGAUUUUGUGGCCAGAAUACAGUUAUCUUUAAUAGAGUGGCAUAAGAAGUUGGUAACAAUUUCUUAAAGUGCAAUCGAUUUUCAAGUGUAUUGUGCCUUGUUCUAAAACUUUAUUAAAGUAGGUGCACUUGACAGUAUUAAGGUCAUUUGUUACGAUGCUAUUUCAAUCAGUAUAGGUUUAGACUAUUGUACAUUUCUCCUCAUACCUUUCUAGAAAGUACUUAUUUUAUUGCACAUCUGUAAAAUUUUCUAUGUCUUGGGUGCGAGUCCUUAACUUCCUUAAACUUCCAGUCUUAUUUUUUGUUUCUUGGAUAUUGUUGAAUGCAGUUUGUCAAGGACACGAGUCUAAAAUUUUAUUUGGGACCAUGGAGUGAUAGAUAAGAAGAAAACUGUUGUUUGCACAUGACAGACUUUAGAUCCUUUUUGCUGCUAGUUUGUGUAAUAUUUAUUAAACACUUUGACAAAUAUUUAUUUUUGUAAGCCUAAAAGUGAUUCUUUGAAAGCUUAAAGAAACUUGACCAAAAGACAAUGCAAAAACACUGGCACUUGAAUGUUGAAUGUCACCGUACGUGAAAUAAUAUAUUUCGGGGUAGUGUGAGCUUUUGAUGUUAAGUCCAACUAACUUGAGUCAAAUCAUCCUGAUCCGGCAUUAGCUAUAGUUUUCUGGCAAAAUAGAGACAAUUGGCAACUUGAAGUUAAUAUAUGCCAAGGUUUUGAUAAUACUCUUUUAAGAUAUUAAUGAAAAAUGCUUCUAUACACUGAUAAAAGUGUCUGCAUUUCUCAGAGGUUCUCUGAACUUUGUUUAGUUACAUGUUUAUUUGGUUCCUUUUUUAGUUACUGUCUGGCAUAUCUGCAGUGUUCAAACAUGUGGUUAUCUUUGUGUAUUGCUGUAAUCAGUGACUUUUACAUUUGGUUUUAUCAACAGCAAUAUUUUCAGUAAGUAGUAGAUUUAACUUGCUGAAUGUAAGCAUUGAACUUCAAGUCACUGUAAGUUUAGUAGUUGCUUUAUUGUAUUAGUUUUAGAUGCUAGCUCUGCAUGUGCUAAUGUUUACUCUGAUUUUACAAA